AUGGUGAAGCUUGACUUCGAUCUACAACGGGACGUGCCCGAGCUAACCGGGAAAGUCUUGCUCAUCACGGGUGGCACAAAGGGCCUCGGAGCUGCGGCGGCAAAGAUGCUUGCGAGCCGCAAUCCCGCCAAGAUCUACAUCACCGGCCGGGGCCAGGGCGCGGCUCAGCAGGUGAUUUCGGAAAUCAAGUCUGCGGGAUCAACCGCAAAGGUGGAAUGGAUAAGUUGUGACCACGCCGACCUGUACUCCGUCAGGGAGACAGCGGAAAAGAUCAUAGCCCGGGAAUCCCGCCUGGACAUGCUCAUGGCAAAUGCCGGCAUCAUGGCUCUCCCACCCGGACUCACCACUGAUGGCUACGAGCUUCACUUCGGGAUCAACCACGUGGCCCAUGCUUUGUUGAUUAGACUGCUUCUCCCAUUGCUACAAAAGACGGUUAAGAGUCACGGCGAGGCACGAGUGAUCACUGUCUCAAGCCUGGCGCUCGUGCUAGCACCCAAGGGCGGGAUAGUCUUUGAUGAUCUCAAGACCGCUCAGGCAUACUGGGUUCUUGGUAAAUGGCAGCGAUAUGCCCAGAGCAAGCUAGCCAACUUGCUGUAUGGGCGCGAGCUCGCGAGGCGGUACCCCGAGAUCUUGACGCUGGUGGCCGAUCCAGGACCAAGUAAUACAGGACUAGUGACAAGUUUGGGGUGGUUGGAUAAGAUGAUCGUGUACUUGGGCAAUUGGAACAAGUUCCUUGAUGAUGACCAGGGUCACUGGAACCAGGUGUGGCUGGUCGGCAUGUCCAAGGAUGAGGCUAAAUCAGGAGAGAUGUAUGAACCCAUUGGUAUCCCUAGCAAGUCUUACACCGAGUACUGUCUCGAUGAGAAGUUGGCAUCCAGGUUAUGGGAUUGGACAGAGGAAGAGCUCGGGCCAUGGUUGAGCUAAGGGGUUCGACAUUGAAUCUGUUUAGGAGGAACGGACUAAACAGACUGGAAAACCCUAUGUCGGCGGUCCCAAAGCUCAUCCCACAUUGAUCGAUCUACAUCAACUAGCAUCUAGACUCAUUAUUGAAAUAUGCUAGCACUGGGGGAUGGUGUAGUGGCAUUUUACAGGUUUAAAUCUUCAAAAUUGCAUCUGCACAAGGCCGCUCUGGUGGGCCCCCUUGAACAAGGGAAGGACCA